AUGGUGCUCGUUUGCAAGCACGGCGCCCGCCUUCACGUGCACUCGCUGAUCCUCUCCAAAUGGUCCCUGGUCAUCGGGUCUUUCCCUGGGGUGGCUCAGCGUCGAAACAGCAUCGACGGUGCCAAGGAGGGGCUGACCGAAUUCCCUGUGGAUGACCCUCCGGACGUGUGGAGAGCCGUCCUGGGUCUCCUGUACCCGGUGACGCCCGUCACAGAGCUGGACUGGGACAACGUCGAGAGCAUAUACGAGCUGGCAGACAAGUACAACAUGCCGGGCGUGGUCGAGCGCUGCGAGUCGUUCCUGAUGAGCCCCCGUUGCUCACUCAGCCCCAACGCCCAGGACAACAACUAUGUGCUCAAGUGGCUGGCCUUUUCGGCCAGCUACAGGCAGCACAAGCUGAAGGAGAAGUGCAUGCAGUACAUACGUCUGACUUACCGGUCGAUUGACGAACUGCGGAAUCCGCCUGAAGGCGGUUACCUGAGAAGUGUACUUGCCAAUCACCCCGCAGGUGUGCAGUACAUUGUGGACAUCCUGUCGUUUGUGAUGCAACAACGGAGAUGA